AUGUCCAUGACAACAUUUAACAGUGAAAUUUUAGUCACAUCACAGUUAAAAAGUAUCCAUGAAAUAAGUAUAUCUAAAUACGCCUACCAACUGUCAAUUGCAAUGAUAAUGGCUCAUAUUUUGAACUGCAUCUUGUUUGUUUUCAUAUGUUGUAAAAGUAUUGUUAAUGGUCAGCCUGGACCAGUGAUUCCUCCGCCAGGUGGAACGACACCGGCAACAGCAGCGGGAUUAACAGCGACACUACCCAGUGGUGCGAAUUCAUAUGCGAAAGAUGCAAUGAUCAAUUACAACCGAAUUCUUUGUCCGAAUACUAAUUAUAAUGGUGGAAAAUAUACUGCUACUGUGGCUGGUAAUUACUUGGUAUCUGUUACCAUGAUGUCAGGCACUGUAACCGCUCACACUACUCUAAGGAAGAAUGCUGCUAUUUAUGUGUGGCUAUAUACUGGUAACCAAUAUGAUAUGGCAACUCAAACUGUCUGCAUGCAACUGGCAGUGGGUGACAUGAUUUGGGUCCAGAUGACCAACAAGGCAUCGAUCCUCUUUGAUGUUUACAACACUUUCACUGUUGUUAAGUUACCUUGA